UCAAGGACGUCGACAUUUGCACUCUUAGGUCUCGUCUCCGAACAUCGUUGAGUAGAUCACUGCACAAAAUUGUUGAAAUCCCGGGAUAGCAGUACUCGUCACUCAUGAAUUCUUCUUGUUGAAUUGGAAAGUGUUGAUUUAUUGCAUUUUUGCACUGCCAGGGUUCAGGGUUUAAAGUUAAGCGUACUGGCAUCGUGGUUUGCUAUUGGAUGCUCGCUCUUCGAGGAUGGGUUAAGCUGUGAUCGUCGAUUGAAAGCCACAGGCGUAGUAGGAGAAUUCAAAUAAUUUAAACUGCGAGGAAAGGUUCACGGGAUUGAUCGGCGUUUUUGCAAUUUGUCACCAUGAGUACCGUAGACAAGAUGCUCAUUAAGGGCAUCCGGGCCUUCGACCCGGAAAACACGCGCGUAAUCACAUUCUUCAGACCUCUCACGCUCAUCGUGGGGUCAAAUGGUGCCGGCAAGACGACAAUUAUUGAGUGUUUGAAGCAUGCUUGUACAGGGGAGUUGCCCCCAAAUUCAAGGUCGGGUCAAACUUUUAUUCACGAUCCAAAGGUAGCUGGUGAGACUGAGACCAAGGGGCAAAUAAAGCUCAGGUUCAAAACUGCUGCAGGUAAGGAUGUCGUCUGUAUUCGGUCUUUCCAACUCACACAGAAGGCGUCAAAGAUGGAGUACAAGGCUAUUGAGAGUGUCAUUCAGACCCUUGAUCACAACGGUGAGAAAGUUGCGCUUAGCUAUAAGUGCGCGGAUAUUGAUAGGGAGAUUCCUGCUCUUAUGGGAGUGUCGAAAGCGAUUUUGGAAAAUGUCAUAUUUGUUCACCAAGAUGAAGCAAAUUGGCCUUUGGCUGAGCCUGCUAUUUUAAAGAAGAAGUUUGACGAUAUUUUUUCUGCCACCAGGUACACUAAGGCAUUGGAGGUUCUAAAGAAGUUGCACAAGGAACAAGCGCAAGGAAUUAAGGUGUAUAAACUGAAGUUGGACAACCUGAGAAAUCUCAAGGAUGCAGCUCAUAAAUUUCAUGAGAACGUUGAGCAAGAUCAAGGUAAGGCCAACUUCUUGCGUCACCAAAUCCGGGAGCUGGAAAAGACAAUUACUGAUUCUCGAAGGAAGAUAAAUGUUAUGGAAGAGGGUUUGAAGGACUAUAGUAAACUCAAGGAGGAAAUAAAUGUUAAGGAGUCCGUACGAAAGAUGUUGAAAAAGCAAAAGGAUGAACAGCAACAAGCUCUUCAUGAAGAGAUCGAAGAUACGGAUGAGGAUCUCCUAACCUGGCAAAAGGAUUUCAAUGAAAACCUUGCUAAGCUGAGACAGAAUCUAAUGGGUUCCGAAAGGAAUCUUAAAGAUGCUGAAGUGGACUUAAGGAAAAUUUCUGAUCAGCACACUAGAAAUUAUAGUUUGCAGGGCAAGCUGCAAGCAGAAGUAGAGGGGAAUGAAAAGGUGAAUAUGGAAUUGGAGGCUGAGAUCCGCAAAGUGUUUGCGGAACACAACUUGGGAAACGUAGGAACUCGUUCUUUGAAUUAUGAGGAAUACCGACGCCUAGUACAGCGUGUUUUUCAGCGAUUUGAGGACCUGAACAGGGAUUAUAGCCAGUUAAAGGAGACAAAUAGAGCAGAGACUGCCAAGUUGUGGAGGGCUGUUCAACAGUCAAGUGAAGAGUAUCUUGGUGCUAAAAACAAAGUGACUGCAAAACAAGACAAGAAGGCUGCUACAGAGGCGGCCAUAGCAAAUCUUGACGAAGAUAUUGCGUCUGGAUCUUACGCUAUUUCAGAUAACGAAUUGCGUCGACUUGAUGCAGCAGAGAAAAAAGCAGAUGCGGAGGUUAAGAUUCUGACUUCAAGAGAAGAUGACGUCCGAUAUGAAGAAGUGAUAGAUGAUGGUAAACGUGAGAUCCAUGAAUUAGACACCAAGCUUAAAAUAUUGAGACGUGAAAAGGAUGCAGUAGCUUGCGAAUCUGCCGAUCUAGCGGCUCUAAGGCUGAGGAAAGAGGAGUUGGAAGACAAGGAACUUGCCCUUCAAAAACUUUUAGAUGACAACAAAGAAGCAAUCAAGAAGGCUUUGAAAAGGUUACCUGAAACAAAGGAUUUGAAGCGAGAGAUCGAGACUGCAUUGCGUGUAAGAAAAGAAAAUGCAGCAGAAACAGGUCAGAAGUGCGCACUUGCUGAGAAAGAGGUUGUCAAAGUUGAUUCUCGAAUACAUGAAACAAGUUUAAGUCUUGCCAAAUAUCAACGUGACCGUGACUCGAAACGUAAGAUGUUACUAGGGCGACUUGAAUCUAUUUUGAAUCUUACUGUGGAGAUCACGGACUUUCAAGUACAACUACAUGAGGCCGUCAAAGCUAAAGAAAAUAUAAAGAGUACCCAUGAUCUUUGCACUGGGAUGAAAAAAAUGUUCGAUCCUUUCGAAAAACAGGCUCGAAAUACGCAUGCAUGCCCGUGUUGUGAACGCGGUUUCACUCCUGAAGAAGAGGAUGAAUUUGUCAGAAAGCAAAGGAUAAAUGCUUCAAGUUACACAGAUAAACUAAGGGAAAGUGCGGCAAAAGCACAAGAAGCAGAAGUAAAAGUGCAACAGCUGGACAAACUACGUGCCAUCCAUGAUGAUUAUCAGAAGUUGUCAAACGAACUAAUUCCAGCAGCAGAAAAAAAUUUGGAUGCCCUCCGACAAGAAAAAGCCCGACUGACUGAUGCACAUGAGGAUAUGCUAGGAUUGCUUGCUCAUGCUGAGGCAGAGGUGGACAUGGUUGAGAAGCUACGGGUCCCAGCAGAUCGGAUGACAGAGCUUUACAAAGACGUUGAGAACAUGAAGAAACAAGUUGCAGACCAAGAAUACAAGCUGGACACCAGGUCUCAAGACACCCGCACAUUAGCGGAUAUUGCUGCUGAAAUAAGAGCCGUGGAGGAGAAGCGAGAUGAUAUUUACAGAAGAGUGGAAAAGAUGCGGGAAGAACAUGCCUUUUUGAAGGACGAUUUGCUGACCUGGGUGAACAAACUGCAUAUGGCCCGAGAAGAGAAGGCUAAGGCUGCGAGCAAGAUCACUGAAAUCGACCGCAAAAAGAAGGAAAAAGAAAAGCUUGCCGACGAGAUUGUGCAAAUUGAUCUGGAUGUAGAGAUAUACAAGCAAGCUGUUUCUUCGGCGCAGCAGAAAAAAGAGCGCGCUGAGAAAGAGCAUACUGAUUUCAAAAACACCAAGGCAAUGGAGGAAGAAGUGUGCUUGCAAGAAAUUAACAAGUUUAACCAAGAAGUUGAUAAACUCAGAAAUUUACUCGAUAUACUCCAAAAGUUUUCUCUUUCAAGAAAAGAGGAAGAACUCGGGAGGCUUAAUGAACAGAUUAGACGUCAAGAAGCAGAAAAAUCUGAGAAGGAAAAUGUAGUGAAAAGCUUGCGUGAUGAGGUUGCAAAGUUGGCUAGUGUGGUGGGAAACCAAACAGAGCUGAAGCGUAAAAUUGAUGACAACUUGCAGUAUCGGAAGUAUUGUAGGGAUGAAGAGGAGAUGAUACAAAAAAUUGAAGAACUCGAAAAGCAGCUAGCAGACAAGGGUGAUUUGCAGACGCUAGAGGCCGAUCUGAAAAGAGCUAUGAAUGACUUGCAGAAAUUACUUUCUGAGUUAAAUAGAAGCCAGGGAACUAUCGCAGUUUAUGAGAGCAAUGUGGCCAAGAACAAGGCUGAAUUGAGUCAGUCUCAAUACAAAGAUAUCGAUAAACGCUACAGCACCCAGCUUAUUCAACUUAAGACAACUGAGAUGGCCAACAAGGAUCUGGACAAAUAUUACCAUGCCCUUGACAAGGCAUUGUUGCGUUUUCACUCGAUGAAGAUGGAAGAAAUCAACAAGAUUGUGAAAGAACUUUGGCAACAAACCUAUCGGGGCCAAGACAUUGACUUCAUCGAAAUACGUUCAGAUGCAGAGGGUAUGGGGACUCGCUCAUACAGCUACAGGGUGGUUAUGAGGAGUGGAGAUGCUGAAUUGGAUAUGCGGGGCCGUUGCAGUGCUGGUCAAAAGGUGCUAGCAUCUCUUAUAAUUCGACUGGCGUUGGCAGAGACAUUCUGUCUCAACUGUGGCAUCCUGGCGCUCGACGAACCAACCACUAACCUUGACACGCCUAACGCAGAGAGUCUAGCUACUGCUCUUCUAAGGAUUAUGGAGGAUCGUCGUGGGCAAGAGAAUUUCCAGUUGAUUGUUAUCACGCACGACGAAAGGUUUGCACAGCUGAUUGGGCAACGUCAGCAUGCCGAACGUUACUAUCGUAUUUCCAAAGAUGAUCACCAGCACAGCAUCAUCGAGUCCCAAGAUAUUUUCGACUAGCGUCUUGUGCAAGUAGUUUAGCAUGCAAUGCAGUUUCUUUGCAUCUUAAAUACUGAUUGUUUUUAAUAUCAGCAAGGAGCUCCAACGAAUAUAGUAAAGAAAGGUUUUUUUUCAUCCUCGUAGAUAUCUUUGUGAUUUCGUAUACAAGGAAUUGUUCUAGAUAUACGCAUGUACUCUAGCAUCAAUGAGGAUUGGUAACGUCACAUUUUCCCGGCCAUUGAUGUAUGUUACUACUGCCAACAAUACUACCUUUUUCUCAACUUCUCUUCUUA